AUGGCUGCCAUCACAGAAAGCGAACCAAUACCUUCUGUCAAGGAUCUUGCAAGCAGUGAAUCCUCCAUACGGAGAUCGGCAUUGAGGGCAAUUGUGUCACAUCUGAACGAACGGGAGGCCACAUCACCCUUGACACCAACCCAAUCACUGCAACUCUGGCGAGGACUCUAUGUUGCGGUGUACAUGCAUGACAGCAAGAACGCCAUAUCAGUGCAGAACCUCAUUACCGAAGUUGCCGGACUGUUGAGUGUCAUCGCCGCCAAGGACAAAGCUAUCAGUACAUCUGGCGGUCAGGAUGGCGUGUGGCUCGAUACCUGGACGACAGCAUUCUGGGAGACCAUCAGUCGGGAGUGGGUGUCUAUCGAUCAGUGGCGCAUGAACAAAGUGUUGCUGCUGGUGAGAUUUUUCCUCCGCGAGAACCUCCGUCUCCUCUUUGACGCCGUUGCGGUCGAUGAGCCAAAAUCAAGCGCUAAGUCCCAUGAGAUCGUCACCAGACAAGUACACGUACUGGAGAGCUGGCCAUUGAGCCCCCGUGAGCGAAAGGUACCCGAUGGACUGCGACUUCACGUGCUUGACGUCUGGUCUGAUGAACUGCUUGCGCAACUCGAAGCAGCAACAGCAGCGGCAGCAGUGCAAGGAGGACAGGAAUCUUCAUCAGAAAGCGGUGAGAAUGGCGUGAAAAACGCUCUGACAGGUGCUGCAAAGCUCAUCAUGGCGCCAGUCGAGAAAAUUAGCAAGGAGGCAUUGAGCAAAGGCGUCAAGAUGAGAGCAAAAGAUGCGGUGAAGUCGUUCCAAGAAAGCAUCUGA